AUGCAUAAGUGUAAUGGAGAUCUGCUUUCAGGCAUACUUAUCAUCGGCUUAUUCUCUGUCAUCAAUUCAAACGGCGUUCAAAGCCGUGAUUUGCCGUCUUUUGCGGAUCAACUCAACAACAUUACAGUAGCCGUCGGACGAGACGCCGCUUUCCAAUGCGUUGUCCAUAACUUAAAAAAGGACUUUCAAGACAGCGGAGAAUACAUGUGUCAAAUCAAUACAAAUCCUAUGAUAAGUCAAAGUGGUUUCUUACAGGUCGUCGUUCCGCCGCGUUUUACCCAAAAAUUCACGUCUUCUGAUGAAGAAGUGCGCGAAGACUCGUCCGUUAGUCUGAGAUGUAGUGCCAGUGGUUUUCCUAAGCCUCACAUCAAAUGGCGCAGAGAAGACGGUCAGCCCAUUAACAUACAGCCCAUACAGCCUAACGGCACCACAAAACUCAGUCAAAAAGAGUCACAUCCAAAGGCAAUCACUUCUUGGAUUCGAGACAGCGAUCGAGCGAUUAUACACUCAAACGCUAAAUAUUCCACUUCUGUUGAGUCCACUGAUAGUGAAUACAGGAGUGAAAUCAGAUGUUUAGCCAAAAAUACUUUGGGUGAAGUCGAGGCCAGUAUUAAGUUAUUUGAAGCGCCAAAGUCUUCAUCGGAACCGAAAUUCGCAAAGGAAUACAAGUCUAAAAACAAGAAUACUUAUCAGACUAUGAUUUCAGUUGGUUUUGAUGAUAGAGGAGAUGGAGAUUUAAAGAUCUAA